AUGGCGUGUGGAGGCCCUUCAAAGACACCUAAAGAAGCGACUGAGGAACUGACGGAAUUGGUCAGAAGAAUUCAAACGAUCGACGUAAACUCAAGGAAGAGAGUGCUUAACGGUGCCAAAGGAGCAUCUCUGGACAGUGAAACAUCUAUGAUGUCCGAAUUAAACCAACUUAAAGGGGUAAAGUCGCUUUUGAUUGAACAACGUCUUCGGUUGGCAAGAUUUCUAAAGGUGAUGCAAAGUGAAUUCGUAGCCGAGUCGGAAUUACAAGGUGCAGAAAGGGAGCUACGUUUAAAGAAGGUGUGCAUUGCGGAAAUCGGAGAAGAGUGUAUGCUUUUGGAGACUAACGCGAUAAAGCUGAAAGGGACAGAAGAUGAUUUGAGAGAAAAGAUCAUGAAAGAUCAACUUUUGUUGGAUCGAGCAAGGGAACUGCAAAGAGAGGCUGACAACGCCUUGAAAGAGGCAUUUCAACGGGUACUAAUAAGUGAUGCUUGUUCGAUAAACGAGGCAUUAGGUUCAGGACGUUGGUAUCUUGCCAAUGAUGUUUCCUUUACGGGACGUGAAGAAAAUGGUGUAACGACUCUGCGAUUCCGUGAUGCUGAAUUGGUGUUGGGACCGAGUGACGGUCUCCUGCUAGCAUGGGUUCGAGAUAUGAACAAGGGGUUACUUCCUACGAAAAUUGCAGACGUACCAGAUGAGACUACUCCAAAUACUUCUGCUAUAAGGAGAAGUAUUGAGGUACAGCCAGUGAUCGGCGAUGAUAAAGUCGUAAUGAAUUAUGCACAGAGUGAUGCUAGUUCUGUACAAACCGAAUUCGAGCUACUUUCGGAUGAUGUAAUUUGUAAAAUAUUCCUGAUGACAAAAUUCGUGCCCGAGAAUGAGAUGCAGUAUUUUCGAAAUGCGUCGCGCGCAAUGAAGAUUACGGAUCGUCUACUUGAUUUACUUGGGGACUGGAAAAUCCCUUUGCCCAUUCCUGGCUGUGUCUUCGAGGAUUUCGGAUUUGCUACGGAUGACUAUGGAUUCACUGGGCCAUUACCUGGGAUGAAAGUUGAAAUCAAUCAGGUGUCAAUUAGUGGAUGGUGUGCCGUGAUGCGGCGCAACAGUCUGUCCAUGAAAGCCUUGAGGGAUAUAAUAUUCAACAGGUUGCAUUUGGGACCAAGCUACAAGUUUGCGCAGAUCUACUUGCGUAUCGGCACGAAUGAUGUGAAGGGCCUUUGCACCUUCAAGUACUAUGACGUCCGUUUUCCAACUUUUGAAGCAUUUUACAAGGAAUAUGAGCAAUUCAUGGGAAAUCUGGUUAAAACCUUUGCUUGUAAUGUGUUCGCCUUGGGAGCAGCUCCACCCUCUGUGUCGCCAUUGUUGGAGAGUCCUACGAGUGUGGCGUUAGAUGCCGACCAGAAUGGAUUACCGUUAGUGCCUUUAAGGUGCUUGGACAAUGUUGACAUUGUGGAAGAAGAAGACAGAGAGAGAGCUGGUCGCAUUUAUCUGAAUGAAAUUUACAGGCGAUUAGCUGGUAUUGAUGGGGUCAUGAACGUUGUUGAUGCGGAACGAAAUCUGGGAUGGAUCGCUUUGCCUACACCCAUUGAUGGGCUGAGGGCGUAUAGCAGUGGUCGUGGAAAGUUAUCAGAUUUUGGGCAUAUCACGCCUUCUGGUUACCUAAUUUUUGCUAAGUAUCAUUGUAUUUCCAUAUGGCGUGGGAUUCGAAUGUUACCAGGCUAUGAAAAGGUAGUGGGACGGAUUUGCUCAGGACAAUAUCCUAGGUGGCUUGAUGAUGGAACAGUGGCAGUGGGAUUGGCUCCUGAUAAUCUGCAUGAGCAUAGUGGAUCUUUUGGACCAGUUUCAGACUGUGUUGGACCACUAGAUCCCACCGGGAAUAUGGAUCUUGCCAAGUUACGAAAGUUCGACUUUGACAAAUGCUUCCUGACUGAUGCUGCUACAAGUAACGCCCGGAGUCGGUCAAAAAUUGAAGUUGGGGACAUAGUGCGAAUUUGAAACGUGAAGGGGACC